CAUCACUUCCGAACUGCACUGAGAGGAGGUUCCGGUGCAUGCGAAAUAUUUCUCUCGCUUUACUGUCGAGCAUGAUUUUAGCUUCCUUAUUCUCUUAUCCUGUCGAUCAUUAGUGUUUAGAACUUCUUUGGGAACAAGCCGACAAAAUGCCAUCGAACUACCAUUGGCAAAGUAAAGGUAAUGUCAAAGCAAGUGGAGUGGAAGAUAUGGUUCUUCUGCCGAAGAUCCAGGAGGCAGCGAUCGUGGAGAAUCUCAAGAAACGAUACUUGGACGACCUCAUUUUCACAUACAUUGGUCCUGUUCUGAUUUCUGUCAAUCCAUUCAAGCAGAUGCCAUACUUUACAGACAAAGAAAUUGACCAGUAUCAGGGAGCUGCAUCAUAUGAAAAUCCACCACAUAUAUACGCCCUUACCGACAACAUGUACAGAAAUAUGUUGAUUGAUCAGGAGAAUCAAUGCGUGAUUAUCAGUGGUGAAAGUGGAGCAGGAAAAACAGUUUGUGCUAAGUUCAUUAUGAACUACCUGGCUAAAGUAUCUGGUGGAGGUCCAAGUGUACAGAAAAUCAAAGAUGUGAUUCUUGAAUCCAACCCUCUUUUAGAAGCUUUUGGCAAUGCAAAGACUGUCAGGAACAAUAACUCCAGUAGAUUUGGAAAGUAUGUUGAGAUACAAUUUACAAAGGGUGGACAACCUGAUGGUGGCAAGAUUUCCAACUUCUUACUGGAAAAGUCUAGAGUUGUUAGUCAGAAUCCAUCAGAAAGGAACUUUCACAUAUUUUAUCAACUAAUUACUGGUGCUUCCCAAGAAGACAAAGGUCAGCUAGGUCUCACAGAACCAAGUUACUACUACUACCUAAAUCAGAGUGGAACAUACACAGUUGAUGGUACUAAUGAUGUGAAGGAGUAUCAAGAAACAAGAAAAGCAAUGGAUGUGAUAGGAAUAUCUGAUGAAGACCAAGGAAGUGUGCUUCAAAUAGUGGCUGGGGUCCUUCAUUUAGGAAAUAUUUCCUUUAAUGAGCAGGGGAAUUAUGCUGUACCAAGUGAUGAGGAAUUCUUAGCUUAUCCAGCAUACCUGUUGGGUGUAAAUGACAUGUUAUUAAAAGAGAAGCUGACCAGUCGUGUGAUGGACAGCAAAUGGGGUGGAAAAACUGAAACUAUCAACAUGACACUGAAUGUUGAACAGGCUUGUUACACCAGGGAUGCCUUAUCUAAAGCUCUCUAUGCAAGAUUGUUUGACUUCCUUGUUCAGUCUGUGAACAAAGCCAUGCAGAAGCAAGUCGAUGAACUGACAAUUGGAGUACUUGACAUUUAUGGCUUUGAAAUCUUUCAGAAAAAUGGAUUUGAACAAUUCUGCAUCAACUUUGUCAAUGAAAAGCUUCAACAAAUCUUCAUUGAGUUGACGCUGAAAGCAGAGCAGGAAGAAUAUGUGGAGGAAGGAAUCAAUUGGAGCCCAAUUGAUUAUUUUAACAACAAAAUUGUUUGCGAUGUAAUUGAGAGCAAGAAACCUCCUGGUAUUAUGUGUGUUCUGGAUGAUGUUUGUGCAACUAUGCAUGCUGUUAGUGAAGGAGCUGAUGCAACUCUUCUUGAGAAACUGAAUAAUGCAGUAGGGACACAUCAACACUUUCAAGGUGUCAGUGGAGGGUUCAUAAUCCAUCACUAUGCUGGAAAGGUAACGUACGAUGUUAAUGGAUUUUGUGAAAGAAAUCGUGAUGUUCUUUUCAAGGAUCUCAUUGAGCUGAUGCAGACAAGUGAAAACCCUUUCAUGAGAAAUCUUUUCCCUGAGGAUGUCAGUACCGACAAACGAGGAAGACCCACAACAGCUAGUAAUAAGAUCAAGACACAAGCCAAUCUGCUGGUAGACAAACUCAUGAAGUGUACUCCUCAUUACAUCCGCUGCAUUAAACCAAAUGAGAGCAAAAAGGCUCAUGACUGGGAGGGUGACAGAGUGAAACAUCAGGUGGAGUACCUGGGACUGAAGGAAAACAUCCGCGUCAGAAGAGCAGGAUUUGCCUACAGAAGACCUUUUCAGAAGUUCCUUGAUAGAUAUGCUAUACUUACCAAAGAGACUUGGCCGCGGUGGAAUGGUGACAUGCGGAGAGGAGUGGAGCAUCUGAUGAAUGCUGUCAACAUGGAGCGCGACCAGUGGCAGAUGGGAAAAAGUAAAGUGUUCAUCAAAGCACCUGAAUCGCUGUUCUUGCUUGAAGAAUUGAGAGACAGAAAGUUCGACGGUUACGCCAGAAAGAUCCAGAAGGCUUACAGAAUGUACAAGUCAAGGCAAUACUUUGCCGAGCUCAAACAACAAGCAUCAGAUAUCCUGUUCAACAAGAAAGAGAGACGAAGGUUUAGCAUCAACCGCAAUUUUGUGGGUGAUUACAUUGGUUAUGAUAACAACCCUGCCUUGAGGAGUUUAGUCGAAAAGCGAGAGAGAAUUGAAUUUGCAGUCACAGUGAACAAAUACGACAGAAGAUUUAAGGCAAUGAAACGGGACCUUCUGCUCUCAAGCAAACAUAUUUACCUUAUUGGAAGAGAAAAGGUGAAGAAAGGACCCGAAAAGGGUAAAGUUUAUGAAGUUGUAAAACGGAAACUGGAAAUGAAAAGCAUAGGAUCUGUGUCACUUAGUCCACUUCAAGAUGACUUCAUUAUUCUUCAUAUCCCAGGGGAAUAUGACAGUGUUCUGGAAACUGUGUUCAAAACUGAGUUUUUAACUCUUCUGUCAUCAAAGUAUCAAGACUCUGUCAACCGUCAGCUUAAAGUUGACAUUGCCAGCAGCAUCACAGUGACAGUGAAGAAGGAGGGCUGGGGAGGAGGCGGAACACGUUCCUUAAACUUCUUCUCGGGUGGUUCUGACGUCCCUGUCCUGAAGCCCAGUGGCAAAACACUCGGCGUCUCCAUUGGACCAGGUCUUCCGAAGGACACUAGACCAGGUCGCCAAGCACACGUCGGCUCUAGCCCAAGCAAACCACGUCGAGCAGCCCCAGGGUACUCCUCUCAACAGCAAGCGUCCAAGCAAUCUCGCGGCAGGACAUCGUCAAGUCUCAAACGAUUUGCAGCAACCCACAAACAGCCGUCACUUCCAAGAUCAGGUGCUCAGCACUUGGCGCGAGGACCAGCUAACAUCGAUGUUCGACAACAGGAAUUCAUGCGAACACCUGAGUCAGGAGUUUGUGGAUUUAAUCGCAUGAACCCACCUCCUCCUGUCUCAACUAUAAGAAGAGGAGCUCGCGCAUACGAGACUUACCCAACACCUACCGCUGGACGACACGGGCCUGUAAAUUACCCUCACCACAUGAAUCACGCUGCGUCUGUCCAGUUCGGCGAUGGCUCAAAGCAUUCUAGAAGAAUUCCUGAGCAGCUGGAUCCAGCCGUCUAUGGACAGUACAGGAAAACAAGACACCCUCUCAAUGGGCAGAACGCGCAGUAUAAUCCAGCAACGUUAAGUCGUACGUCUGAUGACGGAAAGAGGAGGGUCAGUUUUGAAGACGACUAUGUGGACGCUGCGAGACGGCAAACCGGGUAUAAGACGGUACAGCGACCGCGUUCAGCCAACAUCACUUCCCAGAGGGAGAGGAUGUAUAGUUCAGCGGCUAAUGAGGCUCCAGAUUCAAGGUCGCUUCGGGAAGGAGAAACACAACGUGAUCCUUACGUGAGGGAAACUGCAAGGCAAAAUGGAUACAAAACUGUCCAGCGCCCACGCUCUGCGACACUUGCCUCACAGCAUGAGAACAAUUACAGUAAAACCAACGGUCAACAAAGAAUGCAGUGGGCUGGAGCUGCUCAUGAUACCUCGAGACAAUCAGACCAAGGUGGGUAUAGUCGGGCAGGGUACCAUAUGAACCACGCCCCUCAACAGAGCUCGCCCCGAUCGGACAUAUCUCCCCAUUCUGGUAGUGUCAAACCCCAGGGGACGGGGUAUGUAGCAGACUACAGAGCUAGGAGUGCUUCUCAUGGUGCUGAGUACACAAACACAAGGCGCCAGCAGACCAGGGCGCCGCAUGACGGAUACGAACAGAUGAGUCCAAUCAAUUACAGCCAAGCCAAUGGGCAAAACGGGCAGCAUGCGUAUGUUCCAGCCCCGGAGUAUCCUGGGUCUGCAGCGGGAUCACAUCAGCGUGUUCCGGAUGAGGUCAACUAUAGAGCGCAGAACGUUGUGCAGCAGCAGAGAACAGCGUUUAGAGCAGGACAAGCCCGACGUGGCACUGUCCAGCAAGGCUAUGAGGAAAUGGCACCUUUGCAUCAUACCUCUGCUGCUCCACAAAAUGGGGCAGGUCCCCAGCAGAGUGGAACACCAUACAGUACUGCAGAAAGGCGAAAGAGAGGAGGCACACGGUACAAUACGAAUGGAAUACCGUACAGUAUUGCAGAUGCUCGGCAGAAUGAUUUGCCGCACAGUGCUGUCACAACUCAACAUAAUGGAGGAACCACAAACCAUCAGAAUGGGAUGCCGCACAGAGGAGGCACAGGCCAUCAAGCUGAACUACCCUACAGUACUGCUAUGGACCAGCGGAAUGGCAUUAUGUACGGAGCUACCACCAACCAACAGAAUGGGAUUCCGUACGGGGCUGCAACCAGCCGACAGAAUGGGAUGCCGUACGGGGCUCCAACCAGCCGACAGAAUGGGAUGCCGUACGGGGCUCCAACCAGCCGACAGAAUGGGAUUCCGUACGAAGCUGCCACCCUCCAACAGAAUGGGAUGCCGUACAAUGCGUCUUCCUGCCAAUGCGAAGAUAUUCCUUACAGCACUGGUGCCAGUUCCCGGAACAAUAACCCCUACAGUGCAGCUCACAACCAGCAGAAUGGAGUUCAGAAUGGUCUCCCUUACGGUGCGACCACGACUCAACAGAAAAAACAACCCACUAUUGCCGCUGAAAUUCGACAGCACUGUAUGUCGUACAGCACUGCACCAUCUCAACAAAAUGGCGCAUCGUACAGUGUGGCAUCUACCCAUCAGAAUGGUUCGUACACCGCCACACAUCACAGUCAAGAAGGUAUCCCCCAAGGCAAAAGUGAGACUCCACAGCAAAAUAGCUAUGAUGGUUAUGACGGUACGUCCGACAGCGAAUUUGAUGACACUGAUGAUGAUCAGCUCAAUGAGUAUGUCAAUCUGAGGACGUGGCACGAUGGCGAAAACGGGUCUAACAGUCCAACUAAUCAAGAUGAUAGUAUCGAAAGGAUAAACUCCAAGAAAAAGUCCCUGUCGAAACGUCCUCCAGCUCCAGGAAAACCUAGGCUUAAGCCAAAACCAGCCCCGUCCCUACCCCGGUGUAAGACACUAUGGCCUUACGACGCCACCGACGUUGAAGAGUUGAGCUUUCAACCGGACGAAAUCAUUGAAAUUAUUAAAGAAGAUCCCUCAGGAUGGUGGACGGGGAAACUGAAUGGCCGCGAGGGACUAUUUCCCAGUAACUACAUCGAAAAGAUUUAAAGAAAAACGAGAUUGAUAAUAUAGCGUUUUCUAAGUUGUCGUAAUUUUCAGCAUUCUGGUGUAAAUAUAGUAACGAGAUUUGAAAACUAUUCAACUUAAAAUCGCAAGUGAUAUUUAAUCAUCCGUCUCUAAGCUUACGGAAUCUCAGACAGCAACCGUGAUAUAAAUUAUAAUGAAAAUCCACAUUUAAUGGAAAUUCACCACUAAUGCAUUUUUCAUGUCACACGCAUCUAUGUAACCCAUUUAGUCAUUUGGUACGGAACAAGUCAUUAAUAUUCGUCGAAUUUAAUCCAGAGAAAUCAUCAAUCGCAGAAAUGUUUUAAUGAUGGAAAUUAACCUACCCAUAUCUACCACAUUCCAUGUAAAGAUCACCGUAGUUCAAAAAGAAAAAAAAGGGAAACUCUUGUGAAUGGCUGAUCUCACACCCAGUUCCUACCGUCUUUACCACUGCUUGAUCGUGGAAAGUCUGGGUACGAGAUUAGCGAAUGGCCAAAGAAAUUGAUGCCAUCCUUUGUUACUGUUGAUUGGUGAUUAUCGGCAAAUUCCUUAACCGUAAAAAGAAUUUGAGCAAAUUGAAAAUUCUGUCGCAAAAUUGCUUGUUUCGAAGACAAAUUAGUCGUAAUUUAGGGAAACGUAAUUGUAAAUGUAUAAUUUCAGUCUGAAGAAGGAAUGAAGAAAUACCUAAACAGUGUAAGUUUUGUUCAAAUUUGUAAGAGUCAUUUUUGUGUUAAAGUCGAUUUAUUUUCAAGAAGAACCCUUAGAAUCUGUAUGUAACAAUCAGUACAAUGAUAUUUAGUAUAAGAAAAAAAUUGUGAAUGUUUUGUAAAUUAUUGAAAUCUGUCAGGAGAGAUUUUUGCAAUGGUUAACAAUUAUUUAGUCUAAUUUAACGUUACUUACAAAGUUGGGAGAUUUUCACUUCUAUAUUUUGAAGAGAGUUGUAAACAUCUAUAAGUGAUUACAGAAUAAAACGCUCUGUUCUUUAGCA